ACUUGCUACUUUCUAAAUUCACUUUCCUUUUCUGUUGUUACCACCGACACACCAUGGUAACCGCCGUAAUUCAGUUCACCGUCACGGUGGUUCUCUCAUCGGCGGUAGCUUCAUCUCGGUAACACCAACACUUGAAAGAGCUUUUCCUUCAUAUCAUGGCGUUGAAUUGAGUCAUCUUAAAAGAGCUUCAGACAUCAACGAUUUUUGCAGUCUACUACUAAUUAUGUUGUUAAUUUUCCUGUUAAAGGAUCCUUUGUUACCUCUAAAUCUGGGCUUUACUUUACAAAGAUGAAUUUGGGUACUCCUCGAAGAGAAUUUUAUGUUCAGAUUGAUACUGGAAUUGAUGUUCUUUGGGUUAGUUGUGCUUCCUGCAUUGGUUGUCCCCAAACAAGUGGUCUCCAAAUUCAGCUCAAUUACUUUGGCUCUAGGAGUUCGUCGACAUCUUCAUUCAUCGCUUGUUCUGACCAAAGGUGCAAGAAUGGAGUACAGUCAUCAGAUAGCAGCUGUUCCGGUUGGAAUAACCAAUGCACCUACAUAUUCAAGUAUGGAGAUGGUAGUGGAACAUCAGGCUAUUAUGUGUCAGACUUCAUGCAUUUUGCUAGUAUUACUGAAGAAUCUUUGUUUUCAAACUCCUCAGCGCCUGUGGUUUUUGGCAGGUGAAAAAAACAAAGAACCUACAACCAUUGCCAUCAUUCAGUUUUGGACUCACACAGAUGGAGGAGGAGCAAAGGAAUGUCACUGCUUCAUCAUCCGGUAAAGAAAAGAAGCAGCACAUAAAGAAACAUAAAAAAAAGAAUCAACGGACUGAAGCACAUAAAGAAAGAAGUUCAAAUGAUGAAAAUGCAAAACAAAGACUGAGUGGCUUUGGAGGAAUGUUGCAUAUAUGCAACUGGACAAAAGUCCACACUUUCUUUGUGGAUUGGGUUGUUAGAAACUUUGACAAAGAGAACAUGUGGAUUACAUUAAGUAAGACUGAGGUACUUCCAUUGAAAGAGGAUGAUGUACAUAGGGUGUAUGAGCUUCCAAUGGCAGGGAAGCAGAUUAACGUUGAUCUCUGCUCUGAAGAAGCAAUAAAGAGAUUGAGGACAGAAUUAGGAUUUGAUGAAAAUUAUUCACCUUUUGUGAAGGUGGCAGAUUUGGAGAGAAUAUUGAAGACACUAGAGCAACCAAAAGCAUGGGUGAAGGGUGCAAUCUGUUUUAUCAUUCACAACAUUUUGUGCCCCACUAAUAGUAGCUUUGUAUCUCUCCAAUAUGCGCACAUAUUAGAAGAUCCAGCUGGGGUAUCAUCUUAUAACUGGUGCUCACAUGUUCUUGCAUAUAUGAAAGAAGGCCUGCAAACUCAGGAAGUUGCAAAUCCAUUAGCGGACUUCCACUUCCUAAUGAUUAAUUACAUGGAGAAAAUGGGUAAGAGAAGCCCAUUUCUGACAGGGAAAUACAAGCGGCCAUCACUUCGUGAUUGGGAUGUGAAGACGGCAAACCAAGACCUUCAGAAGGUGCAUGACCUUAUGGGACUUGAGCAUGGCCUGACGACCGGAGUAACCAAACUGUACAGCACCAAUGAAGGUCCACUUGUAUUGUGUUUUGAUGCAGAUACAUGUCCACUAUCUAAGGCAGAGAUGCAUCUUAAUCAUUGUAGGUCUUGUAUACGGAUCUACACUACAACCGCAGAAACCUUGGAAAGAAGAAUAGCUGAGGGAAAUAUUGGAACUUCUGGGAAAAAUGAUGCAGUUGCAGAAGAAACAAACAUAACCAAGGUCAAUCCGAUUGAAGUGCAACCUGAAACUGAAGAUAAUAUAAGUUUGAGGGCCGGAACAGAUCUAACCCGCAAAAGAAAAGAAAGAAGUUCUAGUGUGGAUAAUGGACAGGCUAAGAAUGAAUCUUCCAUACCACAAACAAGCACUCGAGGGGAAGAAAGGUUGAAUAAUCAUGAUUCAGUGAAUAAAAAAUGCAAUAGUGAAUCGGUUAAGACACAAUGCAAAGUGAAGCAAGCAAACGUGAUGGAGGAGGAGGACCCGAAGGAGCAGAAGCCUUUGGAACCUAACAAACACUUUGUUUUAGAGCCAAUUCCAUUAAGGUAUGUGUUACCAGAUGCAAUAAUCGACUUGGAUAAUGUCGAAACUGUGCAGAAAAAGAAAAGAAAGAAGCAUGAUAUGCUUUAUUCUGGUGGCACAUACCCUGAGCGUAGAAGAGCUGUGAAGAAGUCAAAAUACCUUGCAAGCCCCUACGAUGAAGCUGUCUACGAGUCAAAUGCAACUAAGAUGCAGAAGGAUAUAUCAACAUUUGCAUGGAGCAUUUCACAUGAUAAGACGGAGAUUUUGUACUGCUCGGAUAACAAGGCUCAUGCUUACCGUCUACAGAGGAGUGACUUGUGGACACUUCAAAAAGAUGAAUGGGUGUCAUGCUUCGUGAUAAAUGCCUGGGUCAAUUGCUUGAACUGGAAUCAACCAAAUGAAAAAAUGACAAGACUGGUUACACCAUUCAUCAAUCAUGUAUGCAUUACAUAUUCCAUGAAUGUUAAAAGUUUACAUACUGUUUAGAUCUUUUUAGAAUUGAUUUUACUCAUUUUCAUAUAAACAGAUUAACAUGGAAAGACCUAAUUCCCUAGAUAUAACGAAAUCAGUUGCAUGCAAAAGAUUCAUCGAGAGACUGAAAAAGUUCAAAUACAUGGAUUGGAAGGCUAUUAUUGACCCUACAAGUCUAGAAUAUGUAAGACUCAGUUCAAUAUAGUUUUGAAAAUUUCUACAGAUUGAUUGUUUGACUUAUAUGGUGUUGAUUAUUUUGCUGAUGAAAUAUAUCAUGACGCCAGCACUAAUUGGGAAUCUGGGUUUUCAUUAUGUAUGCUUUGUUGUGAAUCUCAAGAGCCAAAAAUUAGAGUUCUUGAACAGCUUGAUCGGAGAGACAUUGCACAUGAAGAAUGGCGAAGCGACUGUGUACAAAAAGAUGUUUGAUGUAUGGCUGAAGGAGGUGGAAGCAUUUGUGACAAAAUUGUAUAAGAAAAGAAAAAUCACAAUGCCUUUCCAAAUUAGCACAUUUAAGUGGGAAACACCAAGGGUGCCUACUCAACCUGAUAAAGACAGUUGUGGAGGUCUUUUGCAUGAAGUUUCUUGCUGAAUGGGAGGGUGACAAUACCAAAAUGGAAUCUUUCAAAAAUUGGUCAAAAAUGAGAAAGCAUGGGGAGAAUGGCAAGAUUGCAAAAAAUGUGGAUUUGAGAAUUGGAAUUUGUUC